AUGAUUGAACUCGAAGAUGGCACGAUCGCACCAGACAGGGUCUCAGCAGAUCAGAGGUGGUUACGGCACUUUAGUGAGAUAGAGGACGGUGGCCCAGUGCAGGUUGCCGAUCACAUCAGAGCCUGCCUAGAUCGCCAAGCUGGGCAUGAUCUUGAAUGUCUGCAGCUGAUGCAGAGGGACGUUCCGUCCCUGCUCGACGUUGAGAAAGGGCUUCGCUCUUCAAAGAGUGAUCGGGCCAUCGGAAAUGAUGGGGUGCCUCCUGACGUCCUUCACCUUCAGGCAUCUGGCCUUUCCAAAGAGAUCUAUAAGAUCUUCUUGAAGGUUGCAAUGCGCUUGCAAGAACCCUUAGCGUGGAAGGGGGGGUCAUUACACUCUCUGUGGAAAGGCAAGGGCAGUCAGACCUCAUGCAGCAGCUAUCGUGCCAUCCUUGUGAGUAGCUCAACAGGAAAGGCUAUUCACAGUGUCUUCAGGGGCAAGUGCGCGCCACUGUUAGACACUGCAUGCACCACCAUGCAAGUCGGAGGUCGCAAAGGACAGCCUGUUCAAAUCGCCACGCACGCAGUGCGUUGCUUCUUGAGUGCCUGUGCCAGAAAGAAGCUUUCGAGCGCGCUCCUGUUUGUUGAUCUGCGCGAAGCAUUUCAUCGGGUCGUGCACCCACUUGUGCACGGGGGCCCGUUGAAUGACCACCACGUUGCGGGAUUGGUUAAGGAGCUUGGCCUGCAACCAGAGUCUGUCCACAGAUUGCACGCAUAUGUCAAGGAACGCUCCCUUAUUGAGGAAGCAGGUGCGUCGUCUUGGACCGCAAGCAUGAUGCGUGAGUUCCAGACUGAUGCUUGGUUCACGCUCGGGGCUUCUCCUGACAUUGCUGCUGUUAGGGGUGGAACGCGUCCGGGCGACAGCCUGGCAGACAUUGUUUUCACUUUCCUUUUCGCCGAGGUGUCCCACCGCAUACGGGCAGCCUUCCAACAAGCAGACAUUCAGGUUCAGAUCCCCUGGAAGCCCCAGUGGUUGUGCUCUAGUGAAGCAGUUGGCAUAGACGAUGCCGGAACUGCGUCACCAGUCGACGUCACAUGGAUGGACGACCUGUCUGUGCUCAUUCAGGCCAAAAGCCCAGCCAGCCUGAUUGAGAAAUUGAAAAUCGCCGCCACAACAACCGUCGACCAAUGUCUGCAGGCAAUUCUCUUACCCAACUUGCGAGCCGGCAAGACCGAAGCAAUUGUCAGCUUUCAUGGGGCAGGCACCAAGACCAUCGGGUCUGAACUCUUCAGAGGAGAUUGUCCCACCCUCGCGCUUGAGUCGCAGCUAUGGCCUGAUGCCCGCCUACGAUUAGUUGCCUCGUACAAACAUUUAGGCGGCAUCGUCCAUGCGGGCGGCAACCUUAAAGCCGAGCUGAAAGCGCGGAUAGGUUCAGCCUGGGCUGCCUUUGCCAAGCACCGCAAAAAGAUUUUUCAUUCACCUGUGGUGCACCCGAAGGAGAAAGCUGUGUUGUUUAGCAGCCUCGUUGCAUCGACACUCUACUAUGGUAGUGGAACCUGGUCCGGAAUUCCUCCGAGUGGCAUUGGCAGGAUCCAGCACUGCCUAGUCAGCAUGGCCAGAGGCAUGCUGCGCCCCCGCUUCAAUUUCGAGGAAGCCUGUCAUCUUGGACAUCUGUAUGUGCUUGCACAUGCCAGGAUCCCCACUGCCCUCACAUCGUUGCAUACAGAGCGGUUACGCCACUUGAAGGCGACGGUGAUCAAAGCUUCUGAUGAACUGUGGGCUCUGUUGCAUUACGAAGUCACCUGGCUUCAAGAUGUGCAAGAGUCCCUCCAAUGGUUCAGGGGCCAGCAUGCGGUCUCGCAAUCGUGUCUACCACAAUGGGGAUCUUGGGAGGGAGUCGUAGCCUUCAUCAAAGCCUUCCCCAACCGCUGGAAAGCAGCUGUCAACAAGGCAUGCAGCACUGCGAUGCUGCAGGAACUCUGGCAAGCUGAAGUUCGCCAAUUUCACGGCCUAGCGUACCGGAGCUUUGUCAGUGCAGGAGCAACUGAUGGUAGCAAAGUUUUGCUUCCUGCAGUGCGUGCGUGUGGGCCCGAGUUCCUGUGGGAUUACACACCUGCCAUCGACGAAGCAUACCAGCCUGACUUGAGCAUUCUCGCUGCACUUGAGGAUUGCUUCUGUCAUGAUGAGCUGCAGCACACCAGCUGGCAUGGCUUGCUUGAGCAUGUUCGGCAGAUUUUCUCACAGGUUUGUCUGCAGCAAACCAGGCUCAGAGCCACUGCUACUCAGUGGGCCAAUCAGGUCGAGGAGGCCCUCGCAGCUGAUGAAUCCAUUUCAAUUCAGUGGGCCUCUCUGCACAGAAGGCUCGCUCGCAUUCUUCCCCAGGUUGACUUCGUCGCUUGGUUAGGAGUUGAAGGAUCUGCUGCGGUCCAGGCUACUUCGACUUUCAGGGAUGCCGAACUGCUGUUACCUUGGCUGGAGUUAGACGCUGUCCAGUUUGAGGUACCGAGCCCCAUCAAGUCUUUCAAGAGCAUCGAGCCCUCUUUGUGUCGUUUGAGACUUUUCUCCGACCUUGUCCGGGGUGUCUUUCUGAUGUGGAGGUUUGGAGUGCCUGCUGGCAUUGCCAUCCCAAAGAUCUCCUGCAAUGCGGUAGAGGUCGUUCGCAAACUAGCAGGCUCCUUCCGCCGUCGGCAGAAGCUCUACAUCACCAUGGUGCUUCCGAUGGCUUUGCUCCGCACGGCACAGAAUCAGCCUAUGAUGGUGGAGCUCAAGAACGGAGAGACCUACAGUGGCGUGCUCGCCUCCUGCGAUGGCUUCAUGAACCUGCACAUGCGCGAUAUCGUGUGCACUUCCCGCGACGGUGAGCGCUUUUGGAAGAUCCCGGAAUGCUAUGUUCGUGGCAACAGCAUUAAGUACCUACGCUUGCCGGACGAGGUCAUCGAUAUGGUGAAGGAUGAGCCGCAGAGAUCCGUCAGCAGUUCAAGGCUCGUGGUCGUGGCGGACGUGGCGGCAAAGGCGAGGGCCGCGGCCGCGGUCGUGGAGGGCAGGCUGCGGGCCCGGGGCAGAAGCGCGAAGGGGGUGGCGGCGACAAGGCCGGAAAGAAGGCACGCGGAUGAGCAACAUCGGCAGGCAAUGGCGUAUCGAGAAGACCACUGGUGCCACCGACUUUGGACGCUGGCUGGAUCCAACAUCAGUGGCGCUUGCGUACUAGAAAUAUGCGCUGCUUUGCGGACUUGCUUGACUACUUUAUCGUCAUGUUUAUGA